AUGCCUCAUGGACCUUACGAAGUCCAUUUCCCAACAAACCAGAGCAAAUUCUGGCCAGAAACGCUUUCUGCAUCAACUCCAGACAUGUGUUCCGACUUUUCAUACGCCACUACGGAAUCAAGAUGUCCUUCGGGUGGAUUUUCGGAGUUGGAGAGGUGGUCGUUCUGGGGCCUCCACUCAGGACCGGAAUUGACGACUGGGAACUUGGUCAAUAUAAGAUUUUAUGAACCUUAUUCGAGUACCAACCGACAGCUUGCUUCGUCGCUGUUUCCCUAUGUAGCUUUACAAGGCCUAUGGAACAUAAUCGCACCCCUCAAUCUACGUGGACAUCCCGUAUCACAGCCUAAGCUUUCAUCUCAAGCUGCAGCAUCUAUCCUCCAGCCCUUUAUCCAAGUUAAAUGCAAUAUUUUUGAGUCUGAUAGUAUCACGACGGCAAUUGGAGGCCCGGAAGCAAUAUAA